AUGUUGUUUAAAUUAGCUUUAAAUAUUUUAACUGUAUGUUGUUCCACUGGUUUAACUUCUAAUUCUAAAAAAGUUGUAAUAAUUACAAGAGAUGGUUGUGGAUACAGCAAAGCUAUGAGAGAAAUGUUAAUAAAAAACGGUAUUCCUUAUGUUGAUUUAAACAUUAACAAAUUAAACAGUGAUAUCCGUUUAAUUACUAAUUAUUCUAAUAGUACUUUUCCACUCGUAUUUGAAAAUGGUAAAUAUAUUGGUGGUUAUUCUGAAUCAACAACACAUAAUUUUAUUAAACCAGUAAAUAAUGUUAAUAAUGAUUUUAAUGAUUCUGAUAUGGAAUUAGAUAAUUUUCUUAAAAUGAAUGAAUAA